GUAAAAAAGUGAUGAUGUAUUUCUUUUGCUUCGAUAAAUUAGUCGAAUAAGAUCACCAUUCUUCUCGCGCAGGCGCAUGAUAUGGUAAGACACACAUGUAACUUCCCGACCUUCCAAUAAGUGAUCACUUAGACCCUGUCGCCAUCUUGGGGUGAACUCCCUGCCUCGAUUUUCUACAAAUCUCCUUCGUGCCUAGGUUGUGCAAAGCCACUAUCACAAGACUUAUGUGACUACCCUGACUACCUCUAGCUCGACGUAUCUGCCUAUUAGCUGUAGUGUACUGUUGUGCUUGUGUUCUGUAGUACAGCCGUCCAUACCCUCUACUCUCCGCCAAUGGACCAUUAUCAUUUAUCCCCCGAGGCCAACUCUGGGCGAGAUCGCGAGCACUCUGGAAGACAUGCGGCAAGACCACUGAGUAUCUCCUCUUUGGAAUAUGCUCCUAUAUCGUCUACUAUGAAUCCAAUAAAGGAGAAUCGUAAUACCCCACAUAAGCUUGUGCUGUGUUUUGAUGGCACUGGGAAUAAGUUCCGUGGAGACGACAGCGAUAGCAACAUCUUGAAGAUUUUCAGAUGUCUAGAUCGGGAGGCGGGCGAUCAGUACCAUUACUACCAGCCAGGAAUAGGGACAUAUGUUGUGUCUAACUCACUAUCACAUACCAGCCUCGGAGCUAGAAUCCGAUCUUGGUAUCUGAAAGCCAAGGACUCUGCCAUUGGGUCUAGCUUCGAUCACCAUGUAGUUGGUGGCUAUCGGUUUCUUAUGCGCUUCUAUAGCCCAGGCGAUGAGAUCUAUUUCUUCGGUUUCUCUAGGGGCGCCUACGUAGCACGUUUCUUAGCUGAAAUGCUUGACUAUGUCGGCCUGCUUUCUCACGGAAACGAAGAGCUGAUCACAUUUGCCUGGAAGGCAUUUUCACACUGGCAGAGUCGUCAAUCAGACCAGAGCGAAGAGAACCAAGCUAAGAGGAAGGAGAUGUAUCGUUUCAUGAAAGGAUUUCGCGAUACUUUCAGUCGCCCAGUUAAACGUAUCAGGUUUCUGGGACUUUUUGACACGGUGAAUUCGGUGCCACGAUUUGAGGCGGCUUGGAUGCAAAGAUCGAAAUUCCCAUACACUGCAAGUAGCAGCGCAAAGGUCAUCCGUCAUUGCGUAUCUAUAGACGAGCGUCGCGCAAAAUUCAGGCAAGAUCUUAUCUACCAAGGAGUCAACAAAUCUAAACCAGACCAUCAUCCACACAAGCAUGUUCGCGAGAAGAUUCACGAGAAGUACCGAGCAAGACGAGGAACGAAUUCGGGAUCGGUAUCGGCAGACAACAAACAAGUGAGAGGCCGUCGCGAGACUCUAGCACCUCUCGAUGAGAGCGCUUUCCGUCCCCAUUCCCGAUCAAAGUCUCGCACGACCAGAGGCUCCUUUGAUCAAGGAAGCCAAGCUGGAGGCAACAACCCAGACAAUAAUCAAACCUUUGACGAUGCUGAUGAAUCAGAUGAUGAUGAACAGGACAUAGAUGAAAUCUGGUUCGCGGGCGGUCAUGCUGACAUAGGAGGUGGAUGGGAGAUUCCUACGGAGAGCAAAUCCGCAAGCCAUGUGCCUCUUGUAUACAUGAUUCGAGAAGCCCAAAAAGCCGGUCUUAACUUUGAUCCCGAGAAGCUGAUUGAGAUGGGAGUGAUGGAGGCCCUCGAGGAACCUCUCAUGGACGGUGACAAUGCUGAUCACCACGAUAGCGGGGUCCCUGACAUUCGCAUUGACAAGUCAAGCCCGACGAAUGAAGCCAGGCCAGAAGUUAUGAAUUGGGGCCAUAUCAACUACACGGGUGAACAGGAGAAGAAGAAAGAAGAAACAGAAAGUCCUAGUUCUUUUCAUCAAAUGCUCCAUAAAGCACAUCUAGCCCAUAUUCAUGAUUCAUUAGAAUUCUCAUCUGGCUUGGGAGUAGGUCAAGUUCUGAGCUGGAAAAUAAUGGAGUACAUGCCCUUCAGGCGAAUGGAUCUACAACCCGACGGGUCGUGGAAACCAAUUCGCUGGCCGCUUCCCUGCGGUGAAGUACGCGAUAUUCCUCACGCUGCCAGGGUUCACGGCUCAGUAAUUAGGCGACUGAAGGAAGAUCAAGCGUAUCGGCCCGGCAAUCUAAUUAUCGGUGGUGGAGGGCGCGGUAUGCGUCGGGCUCCCGAGGAAUACGGCAUUGGAGAAUGGAAAUGCGUUCAAAAUCACGGUGAUCCUAUAGGGGAAGUUUGGGUUAAGAACGUUGUAGAAACCAAUGGCUCCUAGAAGGAAGGACAUGAUGCAUGUUGCGCAAUAUCUACUAGGUAGGUAUGUAGUAUUGAUAAUUCAGUGUGCUGUGUCUUCCUCUUUGAUAUAUAUAGCCUAACCUUAGGUCCUUCUAGUUACUACCUGGGAAGGUAGGUAGGUUGGUUAUGUAUGGCAUCAAAAUCACAUCAUCCUCACAGACAAAUAAAAAAAGCCAUACAUCAUAUCACUACUACCACUACCAUGAUAGAAAUGUUUGAAAAGAGAUGAAUGGACAGAUAGAUACGCGCGUGACAUCAAUCUGCUCUAUUGAAUACACAAGACAAUUCGAGACUCGAGAUAGAAGUGAGUAUCCGCACUACACCGAUUGAUUCCCAAAAUACAACCUUCGCCACCCAGCACACCCUUUUUUGGUUUAAAAAUAGACAUUCUCUUCUGUCUCGGAAUUCACAUGUGAAGUGGGUUGGGAAUUGCAAAUACGAAGAAAACAACUCCACCAACUCGAUCACGCAGUACCAUCUCCCCGUCUUGUUCCUCCCCAAACAGUCGAGAUCUCUAGAAACACGAGUCGAGGAAACAGGCAG